UGUAUCAAGGGGCGAGUAGCGCGAUAAGGGACUGACAUCCCUGACCUAAUUCCUGACAUAACAUCCAUCAAAAAGAAAUUAAACUCUUUCACCCAUAGGAGUCUUCAAUCAGUAUUGGAUUACCACUAUUAAAGUAAUGGGGGUUUCCCAGCAACUUGGUGUCCUUGUCUGGAAGAACAUUCUGCACUACAGAAUCCACAAGGUUGCAAUAUUUUUCGAGGUUUUCUGCACAGCCCUAAUGUUGCUCUUGUUGGCUUUCCGAAUGGUUGCUUUAUAUGAGAUAGAAGAAGAGACAACAUUUCAAAAACAUCGGUUGCCAUCAGCCGCCACAUUGCGUGGGGCAUAUGAACGUUACUGCUGUGCGGAAAAAUGUGACUUUCAAAACUCACUAAUUUUUCAUGUCUAUCAGGACGCAAAUAAGUUUUUGAAGGCCAACCCUGAGGAGCUUAAAAAGCAUGAGGUCACCUUUGAGAAUUUUGUUUUGGAACGUUUCUCCAGCUUCAUGCAGAUACAAAAACCACUGCUAAGUUUUUUCAGUGGAUAUUCACCCGAGUUCCUAUGCGAGACUUUUCAAAAUAACUGGGAAAGAACUCAGUUGAGUCAAGUUUUGGUCAAGGUAAACUCUCAAGGCUGCAAUGCAGUGACUGGUGCACUGGGAGAAACUUUAGGCCUACAGGUGGGAAAUCUACUUUACACACCAGACACGCCUAUUGUUCGGCGUGUUAUAAAUAAGAUUUUUGAUGACCUCCAGUUGUUCCAGAACGUGCAAAAGAAUUGGUCGGCCAUGGAGAGAAUAUUAAAGCAAAAGGGUGUCGAUAACUCAGAAUACAGGAUACUCAGCGACACCAUGGCUAUUCUUGACAAUCUCACUCAGUGUUUACGGACCAAAUUGGAGGGGUGUACAAAUGAAGAUCAGCUGAUUAGUAGGGCUCAGGAGCUCCAGAAGAAUGAGCAGUUUUGGGCAGGAGUGGUAUUUGAGCUUCCUGAUUCUGCUACUGAGUUUCUUCCCUCUGAUGUCACCUACAAGAUCCGAAUGGACAGCAAACAUAGGACCGAUAGAAUCUACGAUGAAAGUCCUUGGAUACCUGGUCAAUUUAAAGAAUGGAACUGGCCACAUGAGUACGAGAACUACCCUAGCGGUGGCUUUGUGCAUCUUCAGCACAUGGUGGAGAUGGCCUUGAUUGAAAAACUGACAAACCAGACACCAAACACUGGCCUCUACUAUAAGCAAAUGCCAUUCCCCUGCUUUAGGUCUACUGCUUAUUUUACACAACUUGAUUAUGGCAUUCCAAUUUUAACUGUACUGGUUUGGAUGUUUAACGUCGCAGUGACAAUUAAUGACUUGGUCAGUGAGAAAGAAGCCCGUCUGAAAGAAACCAUGAAAAUGAUGGGACUGAAAACAGCAACACUGUGGCUCAGCUGGUUCAUCACCAGUCUUGUGCCUUACCUGCUGAGUACAGUAAUAAUGGUCAUGCUAUUUAAGUUGGGUGACAUCCUACCACAAAGCAAUUGGAUGGUCAUAUUUAUUUUCCUGAUUUCAUUUGCCUCGGCAAAUAUCACGCUGUGUUUUCUCAUCAGUACUUUGUUCUCCAAUGCCACCAGGGCUGCCGCAUGUGGGGCGGUCUCAUACCUAUGCUUAAUAUUUGCAUACAUGCCAUUUAUGUCCUGGCAAAACAUCCCUAGUACCACUAAAUUUUUCGCUAGCUUUGUGUGUCAUGUGGCCUUUGGUUUUGGUUGCCAUCAUAUAAUAGAUUCUGAGAUAACAGGCGAUGGGGUCCAAUGGUCCAAUUUGCUGUCCAGUGAUGGAGAUUCAUACAACUUCCAUACAUGUGUAGCAAUGCUUUUUGUGGACGCCUUCCUCUAUGCUACAGCAGCCUGGUACAUUGAAGCAGUGUUCCCGGGUGAGUAUGGUGUCCCCCAGCCGUGGAAUUUUGUCUUUGAUAUCAACUACUGGAGGGGUGUUCAACUGAAGAAUGACAUACCAAUCCCUACUGUCCCUAAACGGCAUUGUGAAGAUCACAUUGAAGCAGAUCCAAGUAACCUGGUCCUUAGUGUCAAUAUAAGUAACCUGGUGAAACUCUACAAAAAAGGAGGCAAGAUGGCUGUCAACCACCUCGACCUAAGGUUUUAUGAGGGGCAAAUCACCUCACUUCUUGGACCAAAUGGAGCGGGAAAAACAACUACCAUGUCUGUGCUGAUUGGUCUGUUCCCUCCUACUUCGGGGACCGUGUAUAUCCGAGGGAUGGACAUCCGGGAAAACAUUGACAUCAUCCGGAAGACCCUGGGAUUUUGUCCACAGUACAAUGUCCUGUUUGACUAUAUGACGGUGCAAGAGCAUUUGUGGUUUUAUGGAUGUCUCAGGGGCAUAUCUAAAAAAGAAGUAAAGGCUCGCCUCAAUUCUUGGCUCAAAGAUGUUGGACUGCUUCACAAACGUCAGGAACAGACAAAAUUCCUCUCUGGUGGAAUGAAGAGAAAGCUGAGUGUGGCACUUGCAUUAAUCGGCCAACCAAAGGUGGUUGUUUUGGAUGAACCUACAGCAGGGAUGGACCCGAACACCCGUCGAGGGAUCUGGGACAUGUUGUUGAAAUAUCGCAAAGACCGAACAAUCAUCCUGGCCACUCACUACAUGGAUGAGGCAGAGAUACUUGCUGAUCGUAUUGCCAUUAUUUCCCAAGGAAGGCUGUGCUGCUAUGGGUCCCCAGUCUUUCUUAAAUCUAAACUGGGGGUUGGCUCCACCCUGACUCUGGUCAAAGAGGACAGACCUGGGACAUAUAAUGGAGACACCAAUGCAGCCGUGGCUGCACUGCAGUCCAUGGUUCAUCGCCACUUUCCCAGAGCGAAGCUGAUGGAGUUAUGUUAUGAGAUAGCAAUCAAUAUACCCCAGGAAGACUGUGAUCCUAGGCGCAUGGCUGUCUUCCUGUCUGAACUGAAUCAGAAUCUCAGCACAUUUGGAAUUACCAGCUAUGGUUUGUCUGACAGUAAACUGGAGGAUAUAUUCCUUCGAGUGGCGAAGGGCACUGAGGAUGAUGUGGAACCCCCACAGCAGACUGAUCCUCCACAAAGUUUGCAAACAUUUGAGACGACAGGACAGAGGCAAAUAAUAGAACAACAGGCUACCGACCAACUCAGUGGAACUGGCCAUGGUGUCACCUUAACUGGACGGAAGCUUACCUGGCAGCAACUGAGAGCUCUCUUCAUCAAGCGAUACCUCUGCGUCCGAAGGAAUCUUCAAGGCCUCUUUUUUCAGAUUGGGCUGCCUUCUUUGUUGUUGCUGGCUACUCUGUCAUUUGCAGCCAAAUCACCUCGUCCAACACAGCAAGUGAACCUGAAGCUCCACCCAUGCAUGUAUGGUAAACAGUACAUUUUCUUCAGCAAAUCGGAUGGCACACCUGGAGCCGUGAAAGAAUUUGAGGAUACUCUACUGGACCUGCCUGGUUUUAGUACGGAGUGCAGAGGGAACAGCAUCUUGAGCCAAAAAGAAGAAAUCAAAGACGGAACAUCAAAAUUGAAUCCUGACUGUUCCUGCAGGAGCUACAGCCGUCACGCCAUUUUUAGUAGGGGGGAUGUAAAGGUGUUUCCAGAUUGUCCGCAGGAGGCCGCCAGAAUACCACUAAUAUACAACAAGGAGCCUGGCAUCAUCCUGCAAAAUCUGACAAAUUAUAACACAAAUCAAGUAGAAAGCUACCUGAUCAAGAGCUACGAACAUCUUAUUAAGAAAAGCUUGAAGACCGAUAUGCUCAUAAGAGAACUUAGAUAUGGCGGUUUCUCCAUAGAGGCAGGAUUAUCGGGUGACUCUGUUGAAAAAAAUGUCAUUAUAUGGUAUAAUUCGAAAGGCCUACAUUCGCUAGGCUCAUUUGUUAAUGUGGUGAACAAUGCAUUUCUGAGACAACAGGCCCCUGACAGUAGCAUCAAUGCCCACAAUCACCCACUGAUAUUUGAGAAGGAGGAGGAUUCGGUACUUCAGCAAUAUAGCCGCCGAGUUUUAACGGGAUUGAUCAUUCGGACCUGCGUUAUAUUUGUGGUGUCUACUGUGCCAUCCGGCGUGGUGCUAUUCCUGAUUCAGGAAAGAGCUAGUAAAGUCAAACAGCUCCAGUUAGUCAGCGGAGUCAAACCAAUAAUCUACUGGGGGGCAAACCUUUUCUGGGACUUGGAAGAUAGAAAAAAACAGCUCAGAAUCCUAACACAGCUGAAGGUUGAUCUCCUCUCCAUCUCAGUCACAUGGGUGGACUUCAAUCAGGAUCAUUUCCACCAGCUCUUGGCCACAGAAUUCCUCAGGGAACUGACGUAUGUAAGUGACCUAGAGGUAUACCACAGUGCGAUGCUGAAGUACACCCAAAAGAGGCUCCACUUUGUCUAUAACUCCAUGAAGGCAAGGACACUGAUGUCUGUUAUGGACCACAAUGAAAAUGUCGGGCGCCAGCAACAGAGGAACGCUGAUGGCACUUUGAAAUACAGAUUGGAGUUUCCAAAGCAAACAAAAAGAUGGGUUGGCCGGAGCUGUUACGAGCCAACAACGCAGACAUUCAGAGAGAAUUUGGUGGAGCGUGUCCUGGAAAGACGGCAGGAUUCAUCAUUCAAGUUUGCUGAGCCAGACUUCUAUUUCAAGCCUCCAACUACUAUUCCACCGAACAUUGCAAACAUCGAAAGGCCUGACAAAGAAAAAGUUAUUUUACAACAUCUCCUGCUUGGCUUGGACCCGCCAGGUGGCCGUCGUUCGUCGGCGGGUCCGGCUAGCUCCCAGGAAAGCUCGGCCAAGAUCUCCUUAUCACCAUCUUUCUCCUCAAACUUGGUGCGGUCCAGUCAUUCCACGUCCCCUUCCCAGCCUUUUUCUCUGGACCCUUACCUGGGUUCCCGUUUGGCCAUCUACACUGGACCUCCGCGUGGUGGCCAGCGGGGGCGCCCAGAGCAAGGAGGUGUUGAGGACCAGGCAGGCUGUUUUGAUGAGCAGUCGGAGGCCAACAUCAAGUUCCUCCAGGAGACUGGUGAGAUUUGCAAGGUGUGGGCCAGCAAGGAGAAGAAAAAGAAGAGAGGGACAAAGACUGGCAGGCAUCCGACACCCACUGCCUUGGCUUUGCACAUCACGUGCAAUGCCCUGCCCGCCUCCUGCAGGCACAUCAACCUCCAUAAGAUCCCUGGUUCAAUGAGCAACUACGCCGGCUACCUGGUCAGGAGGGUCCAGGCCAAGCAGGAGAACACAGAUCGCCGUGGAGCACGAGAGGUUUCGCCCUUGAAGUUUUUAAUCAUCUUAUAUUGUUGUAACAUGUUUCGCUCUCAUCAGUGCAUCACCUUUCCUUUCAUCUUUCAGAUUCACCGAGGUAACAGUAAACCAGCAGUCAAUCAACUUUGCCUUGGGAUUCCUCGUGGCGAGUGUUUUGGCCUACUUGGUGUCAAUGGCGCAGGGAAAACGACGACAUUUCGCAUGCUGGCGGGAGAUACGACUGUCAGCUUCGGAGAUGCUUUCCUCAACAGAUGCAGUGUCGUGUGUGAAGUGGACAAGGUUCGCCAGAUGAUGGGAUACUGCCCACAGUUUGACGCCAUCUGGAGGCUUCUGACUGGUACCGAACACAUGGAACUGUAUGCUCGUCUACGAGGGGUGCCUGAGGAGUCUGUCACCAAGGUGGCUCAAUUGGCUUUGAAGAAGCUUGGACUGGGCAAGUUUGCCAAACAAAAGGCUGAGAGUUACAGCGGAGGCAACAUGCGGAAACUCAACACCGCUAUCGCCCUCAUUGGUGCUCCAUCUGUUAUAUUUCUGGAUGAGCCCACCACGGGGAUGGACCCACUGUCUAAAAGGUUCAUGUGGGACCACAUCCGGGGUCUCAUCAAAGAUCGAAAAUCCGUUGUUCUCACUUCCCACAGUAUGGAGGAAUGUGAGGCUCUCUGCAACAGAAUAGCCAUCAUGGUCAGUGGCUCUUUCAUGUGUCUUGGCUCUGUGCAGCACUUGAAGAACAGAUAUGGUGGUGGCUACAUCAUCACCAUUCGUCUGGCAGACAGUGAUUCCAAUCAAGACACUUCUUCCGUCAUAAUCCUUAUGAAGAAAAUCUUUCCCAUGGCCGAGCUGAAGAAGCAAGUCCAUAACGUGCAGCAGUAUGAGCUUCCGGCACAUGCCUUUUCCCUGGCUCAAGUGUUUGAAAUGUUGGCCAACAAUUAUGAGGAGUUGGGCAUAAGGGACUUCAGUGUUUCACAGACCACGCUGGAUCAGGUCUUUAUCAACUUUGCCACGGAGUACACUAAAGAUCAGACAAGACAGCCCAAACGUAGAUUCUGGACCCAAUGUUUUAAGUCAGCACGCAUUAAACCUGACGCAUCAAUUCCGCUGCAGCCAAGUGACUCUGUUCACCUAUAAUCAUGCUACUGAGGAAGAGGUAUGUCUCUGAGGUCAAAGCUGAGAACCCACAAUCAUUGCCAGCUUUCUAGUUUUCACCAGCAGAAAGAUUACUGAACUUUGGCGAAGUAUUAAGGACAAACAUGUAGACUGUUCACAUGGAAAUGUCAUUAAUCUGGCAUAUUUAUGAAUUGUUGUUAUAUUUUUAUUUUAUUAUUUUUUUUUUUUGUAUGACAAAGAUGUGAUGCUUCCCAAAUUGUUUCGUAAACUUCUGUUGUGAUUUUAAAUGAAGAUUUUAUGUUACUGUUUAUAAUCUCACUGAUAAACAUAUAAGAAAUUGCAUUUUCUGUAUGCUUUCAUUUGAAAACAAUCAGAGUGAUUCAAUCAGUGUUGUGCAUGACCGCAUUCAAUCAAUGAACGCGUUUCUAUUUUGGGCGAACGUGUUUUUCUUGUUUUUUGUUUUUUUUAAACCUGUCCUGUUCAGCUGACACAAACGGCUAGCAUGUGUUCGCUAGCAUUAGCACAUCGUUCAAACAACCACACAACUGGCUCUAAGUGUCCGAUCGCGAGAGAAUGAGAAUCUGAAUGAGUGUCCUAUUGGUCUGAAAGGUUUUAAUGUAUCACGUGGGAGUAUGAUAUACUCCCAUUGUGAUGAUUAUUCAUUGUAUUUUGUUUAUUAGGAGAAAGCGGCGAGCAGGAAGGGGUAAUGGGGGAAAAAAGAAAAAGAAAAUAGAAAAGGACAGAGACAGAAGAGAAGAAUAGACAACAACAACAAGACAUUUAAAAAAUCAAAUAACUAUGAA